AUGAAGCGCAAGUUGGAUGCAGAACAGGAAUCUCCUGUGAAAAAGCGCAGCAUCUCUAGCCAUCCCACCAACGGAUUCAAGUCCGCCUUUCGACCCGACCUUUUCGAAACCGAGACUGUCCAAUCCUUCCGACAGAGCUACGAAGCCGCAGGCCCAUAUCCCCACGCCGUAGUACCCUCUCUGAUCCAGGAACAUCUUCUACGCUCUGUCCGCAACGAGAUUGUCAGCCACAUCCACUUCACCACCAAAGAAACAGACAUCUAUCGCAUCCACCAGUCGGGCGACCUUGCGAACCUGUCCAACCUCGAUAGCGAGUCCCUGCAACAUCUUCCCAAUUUGGUCCGCCUUCGAGAUGCCUUGUAUAGCUCCGAAUUCCGAGAAUGGGUGUCCACCGUCACUGGGGCGGGCAAGGUGUCGGGCAAAAAGACGGACAUGGCGGUCAACGUCUACACACCAGGCAGUUACCUGCUCUGCCAUGAUGAUGUGAUUGGAAGCCGAAGAGUCAGCUACAUCCUAUAUCUGACCGAUCCAGAUCAUCCCUGGCAACCCGAAUGGGGAGGUGGUUUGAGGCUGUUUCCUACGGAAACCAAGAAAAACAAAGCCGGCGAGGACAUCCAGGUCCCUCUGGCAGAACACAGUCUAACCAUUCCUCCGGCCUUUGGACAGUUGAGCUUCUUCGCCGUCCGCCCUGGAGAAAGCUAUCACGACGUUGGGGAAGUCUACUAUGGACCCGACCUCGAUGCCGAUGGAGGGCGAAUCCGUAUGGCCAUCAGUGGAUGGUUCCACAUCCCACAAGAAGGCGAGGAUGGGUUCGAGGAAGGAAUCGAACAAGCACAGGCGCAAAAAUCCAGCCUUGCUCAAUUGAAAAGUGCCGCGACCGAAUUUGACGAGCCGCAACUGAUUUUCAGACAUUUCGACGAACCCAGAACAGUAAUGGAUAGUCAUGCGUCCGAGAAGGAAGUCGACCCAGGGGACGAUCAGGACGACCAAGACGACGAACUCACCGAGCAAGACCUGACCUUCCUUCUUCACUAUAUCUCGCCGAGCUACCUGACACCGGACAUGAUUGAGGACUUUUCAGCCUCGUUUGUAGAGAUGUCCGUGCUUCAACUCGAGCAGUUUUUCAGUUCGAGAUUCGCCGAUGAGCUGAAACAAUACAUCUCCGAGGUUGAAAACCAGGGGCUUGAUGCAGCGCCGUCUCCAUCCAAGUCUCACCCUUCGAAUUGGGCAGUGGCGCGGCCUCCCCAGAAGCACCGAUUUGCAUACCUUCAAGGGGCCGAGGCGCUACAUCGAGACAAGACCCCCAUAUCCCGCAUCCUAACCGACCUCCUGCAUUCCCACGCGUUCAAAAAAUGGCUGGCGCUAGUUACGGGACUGAAAACGAAGAGCCUGGUGCGCCAGAAUGCAAUCGCCAGGAGAUUUCGACGCGGAAACGACUACGCAUUGGCAAAUCCCUAUCUGGGUGAGCAGCCACAGCUGGAAUUCACCAUCUCGAUCACGUCCAGCGGCGGGUGGGAGCGGGACGAGCGCGAGGAUGGAGACGAAGAGAGGCCGGAAGAUGAUGGCGUCAAAAAGUCCAACGGAGUGGUUGGAGACAAUGACAAGGGCAAAGGGAAAGGGAAAGCCCACGAGGUCCCAAAAGUCCAGGUCACGACGUCUGAAGAAAUCGACUUCGGCGGCGAGGAGGUCUAUAUGGCAGGCGAUGACGACGACGGCGACGACGACGAUGACAAAGCUUCCGUCCACUCCAAGUCCCUUCCCAGCGUGGGCAAAAAGGCCGAUCCAGCCAUCUACAAGUCCUCUGGUGACGAUGAGGACGACGGGAUCUUGUUUGCAAAUCCCGCAGCUUGGAACCGGUUCAGUGUUGUUCUGAGGGACAAAGGAACGCUGAGAUUCGUCAAGUAUGUGAGCCAAGCGGCCACGGGGGACAGAUGGGAUAUCAAAGGGGAGGUCGAGGUUGGAGAGGACGCCUGGGAUGACGAGGAUGGGGAUGGGGAUGAGAAUGCGAACGGCGAGGCAGGGCCAAGUGGCGAGAACGAGAACGACAGCGGAGAAGAUGAAGAUGACGAUGAUGAGGAGGAGGAGGAAGAUCAACCAGGCGAAUGA